GUUAGUUUCAAACAUUAGAUCUUAUGGGUCCCGGCCUGUAGACAUCUUUUUACUCCAACUCCCUGAAUAGAUCCCUUAAUUCCUUCUAGGUGAUAUAGGCUGGUGGAUUCUGGUUGAGAUGUUUGCUAUUGCUUUCUUCAUCUUGUCUUUGAUGACUUGUCUGCCUGGGAUAACCAUACAGGAGAAGGCACACUGGAGAGUGAGUCGGGGGGCUGGGAGCUUGACGUUCACAGCAGUGAACUGCCAGCUGAGUGACUGGUCAGAGUGGACAGAAUGCAUUCAAUGCCAGGACAAAAAGUACCGACACCGGAGCCUGCUUCAGCCAAACAAGUUUGGGGGGACCAUCUGCAGUGGUGACGUCUGGGAUGAAAUCAGCUGUCGCAGACCCACAGCUUGUGCAAGGCAAGCGCAGUGUGGACAGGAUUUCCAGUGUAAAGAGACAGGUCGCUGCCUGAAACGCCACCUCGUGUGCAAUGGAGACAAGGACUGCUCUGACGGCUCUGAUGAGGACAACUGUGACGACGUCAGGGUCGUUGAAGACGACUGCACUCUGUAUGACCCGAUUCCAGGAUCCGAGAGGGCAGCCUCUGGGUAUAAUAUCCUGACUCGGACAGAAGCUCAGAAUGUGUACGACGCCAGGUAUUAUGGGGGCCAGUGUGAGACAGUAUACAACGGGGAAUGGAGGGAACUUCGAUACGACUCCACCUGUGAGCGUCUGUACUAUGGGGAUGAUGAGAAAUACUUCCGGAAACCCUACAACUUCCUGAUGUAUCGCUUUGAAGCCCUGGCAGACACUAGUUUCUCCUCAGAGUUUUAUGAUGAUACAAAUGAAGUUUUUUCCAAACUAAAAAACGACCUGUUUGUGUCAGGUGGAUUGACCUUUGGUAUAGGCCUAGCAGGCAUCCCUUUAACAGUGGAUGCAGGUGUAUCUGGAUCAUAUGGCUCUUCGAUCGUGAAUGAGUUAAGCAAGUACAAUGAGAAGAAAUACAGCUUCAUGAGAAUUUUCACAAAAGUGCAGACUGCCCAAUUUAAGAUGAGGAGGGACAAUAUUAUGCUGGAUGAAGGGAUGCUGCAGUCGCUGAUGGAGCUUCCGGAGAAGUACAAUUAUGGCCCGUACGCCAAGUUCAUCGAUGACUACGGCACCCAUUACAUAACGUCUGGAUCAAUGGGUGGCAUUUAUGAGUAUUUCCUGGUGCUUAACAAAGAAAAAAUGAAAAAAAAGCGUGUUUCCUUUGAAGACAUCAAGAAGUGCUUUGGAGGGUCUUUGGGUUUAUCUUCUACUUUUUCGGAGAGCUUAGAGAUUGGAGGAGGUUUAUCAGGGGAAGACUGUAAAAGAAUGGGAGGUGGCCACACUGAUACUGACGAAGAUAACAGGCUUGUGGAAGACAUCAUUGCUCAGGUGCGAGGUGGCAAUUCUGGCUGGGGUACUGGCUUGGCACACAACAAGAGCUUCAUUUCGUACCGUUCCUGGGGGCGGUCGUUAAAGUAUAAUCCUGCUGUUAUUGAUUUUGAGACACAGCCUAUUCACGAACUGCUGCGGCACGUGAACCUGGGAACCCUGGAGGCCAAACGCCAGAACCUGAAGCGGGCCCUGGAUCAGUACCUGAUGGAAUUCAAUGCCUGCCGCUGCGGGCCCUGCUUCAACAACGGGGUGCCCAUCCUUGAGGGCACCAGCUGCAAAUGCCAGUGUCCUAUGGGUCGCAAGGGCCUUGCCUGUGAGCAAAUGGAGCAAGAAGGAGCCCAGGCGGAGGGUCGCUGGAGCUGCUGGAGCGCUUGGUCUGCUUGCUCGGCAGGCACUCAGGAAAGGAGGAGAGAGUGCAAUAAUCCUCCCCCGAAGAAUGGAGGCCGCUCGUGUCCAGGGCGGAACGUGCAGACCCAAGCUUGCUGAGGGCCUCUGGGCACAGGAUGGGACACAUG